AUGGGAUUAGCGCCUGGUCCUGCUCCGCCCUCUUUCGAGGAUGUGAUGGCAUCUCUAGAAAACUCGCCUUUGUUCAUGAAGAACUUGCCGGAGGAUAUAUCCGACGAUCCGACCCUUUCGGCUCUCCAAGCUCUUGUUCACGAAGGGACCCCAGAUGAGCGCUCUCGAACAUUCAAGGACAACGGCAACGACUAUUUUAAGGGGAAGAGAUACCGGGAAGCCCUCGGAUUCUACACGCAGGGCCUGGAAGCUGAACCCACCGAUUCCACCCUCAAGGAGUCAUUGCUUCUAAACCGUGCUGCUUGCCUAGAAUUUGAUCCAUCCAACGCUGCGGUGGCGCAACUCCGAGAAAAAUCCAUCAAGGCAGAAGCCGACAGGGUCGAGAAGAUUCGUAUACGAGAAGAACGAGAAAAACACGAACAGGCACAGGAGAGGCAGCUUCAGUUAGCCUUUAAGGAACGGAGCCUCACACAAACGUCAUCGCCCAAUUCCCCCGACAGUCCGUAUCGUCCGCAUAUCGAUGACGGAACCGGCUCGCUAGUAGUCCCGGUGUUCUUCCUUUAUCCUCAAUACGGCCAAUCGGAUACCAUAGGGGGGUUUCACGAGCAAGACCCGUUCUCGGCCCACCUGGAGGCGAUGUUUCCUCCUGCAGCACCGUAUCCGGACUGGGAUACAAAGCAUGAAUAUGGCGCAUCAAACCUGCAGGUGGGCAAGAAUAUGACCCUGGCGGACGUAUUCCACGCCUCGAGGGGAAAGCCCGGCGAGGCACCCGACGGGUUGGAGCUCAUCGACGGUUUUCUCACCUUCACCGUCGUUCCCAAAGGCGAAGAAGAACGUUGGUGGGUGGCCGAAUUCAAGAAGAGCCGGGACUCCAGAUAG